GCUGCCGCUGCCGCGGGGAGCGGGUGCCGGGAGGCAGUUCUCGCCCAAGCACAGCUCCGCCCCGCCGGGAGGAGACGGUGGCCCGGGGCCGCCCCGGCACACACCGUCUCGCCGCCACGGGCUCGCUUUAGACCGGCCAGGGUCGCGACGCUCCUAUCCCAGCCCCGAGAUGUCCCUUUUCGGCGUACCCAAAGAAGUGGCGGUCGGGACGGCGAUGCUGGGGGUCGCCUUUGCCGCGGGGAUGCUGGCAGGCAAAAGAUACCCUUCUUUAGGUUUUGGGACUCCCAGACCAUCCAUUAUUGGGAAAAGCAGUGCUCUGCAGCAGUACAUACUGGAUCAUUCUUUGCGGGAACAUCCAGUUCUAAAGAAGCUGCGUCUGCUCACUGCUGAUCAUCCCUAUGGUAAAAUGAUGGUGUCCUGUGACCAGGCUCAGCUUAUGGCAAAUUUGGUCAAACUCAUUAAAGCCAAGAAAGUUAUUGAAAUAGGUGUUUUCACAGGUUACAAUACCCUGAAUAUGGCACUUGUCCUGCCAGAUAACGGCAAAGUUAUUGCCUGUGAUAUAAAUGAGGACUAUGUCAAAAUUGGAAAGCCACUGUGGAAGGAGGCAGGAGUAGAGCAUAAAAUUGACCUGCGGAUUAAGCCAGCAAUUCAUACACUUGAUGAUCUGUUGGCCGGUGGAGAAGUGGAAACUUUUGACUUUGCUUUCAUUGAUGCAGAUAAAGAAAGCUACAAUGAGUACUAUGAAAAAUGUUUGCGCCUCGUAAAGAAAGGGGGAAUAAUAGCUAUUGAUAAUGUCCUUUGGAAUGGAAGGGUGCUAAAACCAAGAAGGGAUGACUUGGCAACCCAGAGCAUCCACCGCCUCAAUGAGAAGCUUCUCAGAGAUGCACGUAUCAAUAUCAGCAUGCUCCCAAUGGAGGAUGGCCUCACAUUAGCAUUCAAGUUGUAAGUGGAGGAAGCCCAACAGAUGGAAAACAACAAGCAGCAUCAGAUCAUCAGGGAAAAGACAGUAUCAGAAAUGGUUAUUUAACCUACAUUUCCACUGGAUAGCACAGCCGGGGAAAGUAUACUUCAAGAACAGCAGGAUCCUAAGGGUAGUUAAGUAGGGAGGAGAGACUUAUUUUUAGAUCUACUGUGGUUUCUUAUCUUACUUGUAAUAAAGCAAGAAAAUAUA